UGAAUGCGUCUCUCCACUUUCUUUUUAUCUGGUGGAAAACAAACCCAGAAAACGGCGGAACGUAUUUGAUUGAUGUUUGGAAUUGGCGCCUCUUGAUUUAAAUGUAGCUGUUCGGAAGAAGUGGACAACGACAUUUAUCAGUACGGUAUGUACGUAGCAGCUGCCUUGGACUGAGACGCGAAAGGAAAGGUCUAAUUUGGAAGGUCCGCCAGCACGUCUCAUGAUACAUGAACAUUAAGGCGACUUAAGUACGUGCUAAGGAUGGCUAGUUGUGGGGAAGUAGACCACUCUGUUAGCUCACUUCCCCCAAGUAAGAAAGGCGGCGGCGGCAGCAACAGCAGCAGCAAUGGUGCCGCUGGUAGCGGGAGCAGUGCCGAAACAUCGUGUCCUGGCUCCAACAACACGUCCCCAGCGCUCUCUGUACCCGAGUGUGCCAUCUGUCUGCAGAGCUGCGUCCACCCAGUGCAACUCCCAUGCCACCACGUCUUCUGUUUCCUGUGUGUAAAGGGGGCAUCCUGGCAGAGCAAGCGCUGUGCUCUCUGCAGACAGGAAGUGCCGGAUGACUUCUUGGAAAGGCCCACACUUCUCUCUCCGGAGGAGCUGAAAGCGUCCGCGGGAGGUCGGGGCGGGGAAGUGAGUGAUCACGCCUGGUAUUACGAGGGCCGCAAUGGUUGGUGGCAAUAUGAUGUACGAACCAGCCGGGAGCUGGAGGACGCUUUCUCCAAGGGCAAGAAGACGGCGGAGAUGCUCAUCGCCGGGUUUUUGUAUGUAGCCGACUUGGAGAACAUGGUGCAGUACAGGCGUAAUGAACACGGACGUCGGCGCAAAAUGAAGCGGGAUGUUUUGGAUAUUCCUAAGAAGGGAGUGGCUGGGCUGCGUUUGGACACCGAGGCCGUCACGGGGGCAAUUGGGGCAGCGGGUCGAGAAAACUCUGCUGAUGGAGCCGAUACCACAGCAGCUGGUGUGCAACAGCAGGGCGCGGUCCUCCCUUCCACGACAUCAGCCCCUCUGCCCAAUGCAAGACCUCCGACUAACUUGGGCGGUCAACCUGGCGGCAGCAGCCCCGCGCUGGAGGACGCUCUCUCACAACUCCAACUCAGCCACAGGCCCACUCCAUUUCACGAGCGAUCUGGGGCAGGUGAAGGAGAGGAAGAAGACGAAGAGGACGAGGCUUCACCCUCCAGGUCCUCUGACCCUCACACCUCCGUGGACGAAUCCGGCUCUGGAGACUGGAGCGAUGACGAGCAAGAAGAUCACGAUGAAGGGGAAGGAGGAGGCAAUGGUGAGCAUGAGGAGCCAUGGGAGGAUUGGCCGCAGAGGCAAAGACUGAACCCCGAGGACAGAGCCCUCCCUGGUGCAGAGUCCAUUUCCCCCCUUUCAUCAUCUACGAGCGGAAGGUCCCGAAUGGCGGAUGGCCAGUGUGCAGUGACUGAAGUGUGAAGUUUGUCCGAAAUCAAGUCACCGUUUGGUUCCAUUAAUUUAUUCUCUUUUUUGUGCUCUCAUUCAUUCGUUCACUACUCACAAACUGAUUAUGUGCUCGAGCAGCUCCGACAGGCUGCUUAUUUUAAGUCAGGAGCUCCUUUCGUGUCAUUUGACGAUCUGUGACAUGUCUUGAGAGCGAGUGAGAAUGGGGUCGUUUGGAACUGCGUCAUUCUCACCGUGAAUAGCCACAUUCUAAUCAUCGUUAACUCUCUCAGAUAACAUGACACACAUGGAAUUCAACAUGUGACUGUUGACUAACACCCAACCUCCCGGAUAAGUUUGCUUUCAGAAUUAGCAAAUUGUGAAUUUUCAGUGCACUUGUGUAUGUGAAAUCAUCUUGAGGCGGUCUGUGUCUUUUCUCUAUCGCUCAUGAGGCACCAAGUUCAAAUGUGUGAUCUGACAACAGUAAAGUCUCCUGAUCUUACUCGCCGUUGAGUUUUGAUUUCAGCAUUUGACCUCUUAACUGCUGCUGUUGCUGCAAAAAAAUAUAUUUACACACAUUUCGCACUAAAAUUGUUCAAACUCUUGAAGUCAUUGGAACUUUAAUGUUAAGCAUUAGUGUUGUACAUUUAUAAGUUGGCUACAACCCGAGUAUCCUCACUGAUGUGUUGCUAAAAUAGAAGGUUAAACUGGUGCAUGUUUGAAGAGUUAUUUUAACGCGACGUGUGACAAGAUGCUCUUGAUAUUUUGGGUUUGGUGUGGCUAAAUGUCCUUUGGUUUUGACAUUGGUUUUAAAUCCAAUGAGGCAGUAAAUACAUCAAGCCGUUCCGAAUCAAAAAGUUUGAAGUUACUCUACGAGCUUAAUCUCCUCAGUUGUUACCACUUUAAAUGGAUUUUUUUUUUGUAACAAUUUUCGCUUGGAAAUUUUUUUUACUUGGGUUUGUGAAUUUAAUAAAUGGUCAUUUCAUCA